UCCAGUGUCCAGUGUCCAUUGUCCAAGAAAGAAGCAGUUCCACGUAGAGCCUGUUAAAGUCUCUUCCCUCCACUUUCACUUUUCACCAGUUCCCAAAACUCACUCCUUCUUCGUCGGUCCACUCUGAAUCCAAUAGAGCACCAAAUGGAUGCCCUGAAAGGAGGCAAGCCAGCCAUGAAGAAAUCCUCCUCCAUCAACUCCGACGACUCCGCCUGCACCGCCGGCUCCCCCCUCCGCUACCUCUCCCCCAUGCGAUCCGACGCCGGCGACCCCUCCGAAUCCCCCCCCUACGGCUCCCCGGAGCUCUCCCCCCAGAAGCCGCCCCCCGACAACUCCAAGGCCAUCAUGGCCGUCGACAAGUUCACGCAGUACUCCCCCUCCCCCUUCCGCCCUCAGAAACCGCCCGAGAAGGCGCCCUCGCCGCUCGUCGUCUACAACAGCAACCGCGCCGCCAGGGAGGACCCCCCGCCCUCGGUGCCCAAGGCGGCCGCUCCUAACGGCGUGCCCUGGACUGCCGGAGGCGGCGCCGGGGUUGGGAGAUCGAGGCGGCCGCCGAGGAGAGACGAUGUGUUGACGACGGCCGCGCUGGGGUUUCGGGUUAGCGAGUUGGUGCUAUGCUUGAUUUCGUUCUCGGUUAUGGCCGCUGAUAAAACUCAGGGCUGGAGCGGCGAUUCCUUUGAUCGCUACAUGGAAUACAGGUAUUGUUUAGCUGUGACUGUUAUUGGAUUUGCAUAUGCUGCUUUUCAAGCAUACAAUCUAUCCUACCAUCUAGUCACCGGGAAUUAUGUGAUCAGGCACCACCUUCGUCACCACUUUGAUUUCUUCAUGGAUCAGGUACUGGCAUAUCUUCUCAUUUCAGCAUCAUCAUCGGCAGCCACCAGGGUCGACGACUGGCAAUCAAAUUGGGGAAAAGAUGAGUUCACGGAGAUGGCUACUGCUUCAGUCAGCAUGGCCUUCCUCGCUUUCAUUGCCUUUGCACUAAGCUCCCUGAUCUCUGGUUACAACCUAUGUACCCAUGAUUCUACGUGAUCUUUACAAUGAGCUGCAGACUCAGUUUUCAUGUUGUGAGAAAAUAAUAUAUAGAAUGUGAAUGAAAAUGAUUGAUUUUCCAGUGGUGUAUA